AUGGCAUCAAUUUCGAACGUGUCCGUGAUCAACGAUGACACAUCCUCCGGCCGCACUGCCGACCCUAACGAAGCUCGACGCCUCCAGGAUGAGCGCCUUCAGCUCUUCGUCGGCGACGAUGCAACCCCCAACCCGAUGAUGCCCCACAUGACGACCUCUUCCCAGAAGUCCAUCACCAAGCACAAGAAGAAGACGGCGAAGAAGAUCAACGAGAUCAUGUCCAAGGUCCAGCGAUGA